CUUGAUUCCAUUUCGAACUACGUACGAAACUUUGAACCCCCUUGUACACCGAUUAAUGCAGAUGUCGAUGUCGAACCUCUUCACACGCGCCAAUCAAUAAACUACUAAGCUAUGAGUCGCAGGGACGAGAAUGAGGUGGCGGAUUCUAGUGCCCCUUUACUUUCCCAACGCUCGUUGGCAAAUAGAGCGUCACAACGCGAUGAUGGGGACGCUCGGGUUUCUCGGCCCAGUUUAACACUGACAGGAGACUUUUUCAUAUUGUCCUUGACUUUUUCUGCUGGAAUUAGUGGGCUUCUCUUCGGUUACGACACAGGUGUCAUUUCAUCAACGCUCGUGUCGAUCGGCUCGGAUCUUUCUAAUCGUCCCCUCACUACUCUAGAUAAGAGUCUUGUAACAUCGUGCACAAGCUUGUUUGCUUUAGUCGCAAGCCCGCUGGCGGGCAUACUGGCGGAUAAAUUCGGACGCAAAAAGGUUAUAAUCAUUGCGGACGUGCUUUUUACCCUGGGGGCUUUCAUACAGGCUGUAGCCACUACUGUUUGGGCUAUGAUAGUAGGGAGGAGCGUUGUCGGCUUGGCUGUUGGUGGGGCGAGCUUGGUCACGCCAUUGUAUAUUUCUGAGUUGGCGCCAUCCCAUGAGCGUGGAAGAUUGGUGACGAUCUUGUGUCUACUCAUCACUGGGGGGCAAGUCAUAGCUUACAUUGUUGGCUGGCUUUUGUCCAACACACCUGGCGGUUGGCGCUAUAUUGUCGGCCUUGGGAUGAUUCCUGCUAUCUUUCAGUGCAUCGCUGUUGGUACUCUACCCGAAACUCCACGAUGGUUGGUGCAGGCAGGUCUCGAGAACGCAGCCACAAAUGUCCUAUUGCAGGUCUACCAGGCUCAUGACGAAAAUGUGCAAAUUGUCGAGAGCAUCUUGCAUGAUAUCCAACAAGAAGUUACCGAUGAGGCCGAGAUCACAGGUCAUUCAAACAAGUCUCCCGGACACAGUGAAAACUGGGUUGCAAAUGCCACCCAGCGCACCCGCAGUCUCUUUCUUGUUGGUGGUAACCGCAGGGCAUUGAUCAUAGCAGUUAUUCUUCAAGGCCUACAGCAGCUAUGCGGGUUCAACAGUUUAUUAUACUUCUCGAGUACACUUUUUGCCAUUCUUUCAUUCUCCUCCCCUACCCUUACGGCACUGGCAGUAGCGAUGACCAACUUCGUUUUCACACUUUUGGCAUUCAUAUAUAUUGAUAGAAUUGGCCGGCGGCGCAUUCUGCUUUAUUCCAUACCUGUCAUGGUUCUUUCGCUCGUCGCUUGCGCUAUGGCCUUCGGGACUUUGGCUCUUCCUAGGUCAUCAUUCGAACCUGAGGGAUCAAACGGAGCCGAUGCUGCGAUGGUCGAAGAUUCCCUCCUCCCCUUACUAGUCCUUAUCUGUCUCACGGUUUAUACGGCCUCAUACGCCUUUGGCCUCGGCAAUGUUCCUUGGCAACAAUCGGAGCUCUUUCCGCUGAACGUACGCUCGUUAGGUUCGUCUCUUGCAACAGCUACGAAUUGGGGAUCGAAUUUCAUCGUCGGGUUGACAUUUUUACCUAUGAUGGAAUGGCUAUCACCGGCAUGGACUUUCGCGACCUAUGCGGCUGUAUGCGUACUGGGGUGGAUCGGCGUGUGGGCUAUCUACCCCGAGAUGAGUGGGCUCAGCCUUGAAGAGGUUAAAGAUCUCCUGGCCAAUGGUUGGGGGGUACAAGAGAGUCUGGUACGGGGUCAUGGUCGUCCCUAA